CGAACCACACACGCAACGUGCGAAUUCUCGCUCGCCAUUUUGAAUGACUGCGGAACCUAUGGGAGUAAUGAGGAUGUGCCGAGGAGUGAAUCCGUGGUACAGGAGGAAAACCUGUCCAAUCUGGACACUGCUAAUUGUGGGGGUUGUUGCGUACGUCAUCUACACCGAGAAACAAAACAUGGCCUUGAGACAGACCAUCAUGGAACAUAUUCCGCAACAUGGCGGCGGCGGGGGUGGUUCAAAGGUCGUCCAGCAAGGAGGUGGAUUCUGGGAUACACACGGGGGGAAGGAACUUGCAGUUGGCCAGGGAAAGGUUCGUGUAAGGCGACCAUUUCGUGAGCCUGUAGACUUGGAAAAACUCAAUCAGGACAGAGAACCUCCUGUGAAUAUUGCAGAGGAGGAGGUGAAGGUCGAAGCAGAUAUUGAUACAAAUAAACAUCUCGGGAAUGUAGUCAAAGUGGAUGACGUUAUUGAUAUAGAUCAUCAGGAAGAAGACGUUCAUGAUGAACAUCAAGAUGUACCAAAGCCAGUACACCCAGGUAAUAUUCCCGAGAUCAAGGACGUAAAACAAAUCAUUGAGGUCAAGGACGAAAACAAAGUUCCUGAGGUCAAGGUCGAAAACAAAGUUCCCGAGAUCAAGGACGAAGUUAAGGCUGUGCAAAACAACAUUGAAUUUGAAAAGGCGAAACAACCAGUACAAAACAUUAAUAAAGAGCCUGCGAUGCAUAAAAAUGAAGUAGCAAGGAUAAUCAAUGAGGACAAAGAGAAAAUUGCUGCUCUGAAAAGAAAACUAGAAUUUGCCAAGAAGGCUAACAACGUUGCUCCGCCUGGAGCUGCCGGCGUAGUGGACGCAGCACUGCCCGACAAAGCCACCCUCAGCACGUGGAGCCAUGCACGAAUAGAGUCCACGUUCCACAACUAUGUCAUCGUACCACAGACGGAGUGUGCUAUAAUCGCCCACAUGGGGAAGAAAGGGCACGGGGGUUGGGACGUGUGCCAUGCAGACGGGUACCGUCCUGAACGACCAUGCUUGAUGUACUCGUUUGGAUUCGACUCAGACUUUUCGUUUGAGGACGACGUUGCUAAGAGAUACGGAUGUGAAACUCAUUAUUUUGAUCCAAAGAUGAAGAUAAUGGACGGGCUGAAACGCAAAUCGGGAGUGACCAUCCACGCUCUCACGCUGUCCUCGGACAACGGCCGAACACCAAGCGGCUGGAAGGUUCGAACUCUGGCCACUGUCAAGAACGAAUUGUUCCAUACUGAGGUUAUCAAUAUACUGAAAGUGGAUAUCGAAGACAACGAAUGGCGAGCGAUACCGGAAAUGUUCCAGAGCGGAGUUAUGGGCAAGGUGAAACAGUUUCUUCUCGAGAUUCACGUCUUGUCCCAAAGUAGGACAGAGCCGACCCAGGAAGAAUACAUGAACUAUCUGAUGUUGAUGCGAGAUAUAUACAUAGACGGUUUCAGAAUUGCACGUACGAAUGCUGAUAACAUCCAAAUCAAAUCCAAUUUUGGAGAACAAAGACCUCAGACCUAUGAGAUCCUGUUUUUGAGGGUUUGAGAGAAGGCGCGGUCCUGGAUCUUCGGAGUGAGUACGAAGAGGCAUCCCGAUUCCCGGUUUGCAUUUGCAUGAACUUUUAAACCCGGGGUAUUUACUUGAAGUCUUAGUCUUCAAUACAAAAUGUCCUGUGUGAGACUUUCGGGAGUAGAUGUUCAUCACAGACACUUCCAUGGAUAUUUGGCUGAAGCACUGUGUUCUAGUGAGGAUAGAACGUAGCAGGGAAGCGAUAUAAGUUGUCAAUCGGAUUGGUGUGGG